UGAUUGUUGCAGGGCAAUGGCUAUGGCAAUAAGUAAACAGUAAAAGUAACACAAUUUCCAUGGUCCACACCACCGCAAGUCAUGCCUUGACAAAGCACUUUUCCAUCGACACAAUGAGGCUCUUCUAAAACUACAAAGUCCUUCCCUCCUUUGAGGACCCUUCACACUAUACUAUACUCUCACACCUUGUGCUUCCAUGGCAAAACCAAAGCCUCACUUGUGGUCCUUUCUCUUCUUCUGCAGCAUCUUGCACUGCUCACAGUCACUAAUCAACCCAGAGGAUGAGUUCAGCUGGCUUGCCAUGGAAUCUGAAGAUGUUAACUUGGUGCAAACCCGAAAAAGUUCUUGGAAGAAAUGUGACUUUUCAGUUGGAAAAUGGGUCUUUGAUGAGUCUUACCCUCUCUAUGAUCCCAACUGUCCCUAUCUCAGCACAGCAGUAACUUGUCAAAAGAAUGGGAGGCCAGAUUCUGACUAUGAGAAGUGGAAGUGGAAGCCAUUUGGCUGUUCCAUCCCAAGGUUUGAUGCACUGAGAUUUCUUGGAAAAAUGAGGAGAAAGAGAAUAAUGCUGGUUGGUGAUUCCAUAAUGAGAAACCAAUGGGAAUCUCUUGUUUGUUUAGUUCAAGGAGUUAUCCCAACUGGUAGGAAAAAAGUGACCUAUAAUGGUCCUUCAAUGGCUUUCCAUGCCAUGGAUUUUGAGACAUCAAUUGAGUUCUUCUGGGCACCACUCCUGGUAGAACUAAAGAAGGGAAAUCAAAAUAAAAGAGUUUUACAUUUGGAUAUGAUUGAAGACAAUGCAAGGUAUUGGAAAGGAGUCGAUGUUCUGGUAUUCGAUUCAGCUCAUUGGUGGACUCACUCCGGCGAAUCAAGCUCAUGGGAUUAUUACAUGGAGGGAAAUAGGAUCAUCACAAACAUGAAUCCUAUGGUUGCCUAUCAUAAAGGACUUAGCACAUGGGCAAGGUGGGUGGAUCUGAAUUUGGACCCCCAAAGAACCCAAGUCUUUUUUCGAAGCAUGUCACCUAGACAUAACAGGCAAAAUGGAUGGAAAUGCUACAAUCAGAGGCAGCCUAUACAAUCUUUUAGCCACAUACAUGUUCCUGAACCAGUGGUAGUGCUACAAGCAGUGCUGAAAAGAAUGAGAUUUCCAGUGUACCUGCAAGAUAUUACAACAAUGACUGCAUUCCGAAGAGAUGGACAUCCCUCGGUGUAUAGAAAGGCAAUUAGCGAAGAAAUGAAGCAGAAACCAGGUACCGGCCUUUCCUCUGAUUGCAGCCAUUGGUGCCUCCCUGGGGUGCCUGACAUUUGGAAUGAAAUGCUGAGUGCAUUGCUUUAGCUAUUAACUAUAACAGUAUAGCUGUGGAAAAUGUAAAGUCAAGGUGUGGUGUUAUCAUUUGACAAGAACAUGGUUGCUCAGGUGUUUGUUUAAGUUUAAUGUUAUUUGAUUUAUAA